GCUCUGGUACUACUCCCAUUGUCCUGGAACCUUAAUUGUGGCCAACAGACCGUCUCUAAACUUUAUACCCAACAAGGACAUCUCUGAUCUUUACGCUAGAAGAAAUUCCUUGCCGUCCAACAAUCGUUUCUUGAAUAGGAUUCAUUACCUUAAUAAAUUUCCUAUGUUUGGGUUAUCCAAUUCAUGUGUUUCAUUAAUACAAUAGCGUAAAGAUAAGAACUAAUGUGCAACCCCACUUUAAAAUGCAGUAUAAAAGAUUUUUUUACAUUUUUCCUUCUUCAGUUUUAUGCGGGAUUUUGGGCUAAUUUUUGGGUGACAAUGAGUUUUUUGUAUAGGAACGUAAUUUUCCAUGCUAUUUUAAUUGGAUGGAUUCGAGCAGCUGAAGAUGAUUUUAACAUCGUGCAUAAAGACGGUUCUUUUGAAUUCGGAUACAAUAAUCCUGAUUCGUACCAUUUUGCCGAUGGCAACAGAAACAACGUGGUUAGAGGCGAAUUUGGAGGACGAAAUCCCAAAACUGGAGCAAUUGACACCACAGUGUACACAGCAGGACCCAGAGGGUUCCGACCCCGAGGAAAAAAUGUCCACAGAAAGUACGACUUGAAUCAGAAUGGCCCACGCCCAAUAGGAUCUCCUGAUGACCCCUAUUACGAUCCAUAUGAAGAUCCCAGCUACAACUUUGCCUUCCAAACGCGAACCUACACAAGGCAGGAGAAUGCCAAUAGAGUGGGCGAUGUUAAUGGGCGAUACACAUAUUUGGAUGAUGUUGGUGAGCGCCACAACGUAGAAUACAUAGCAGGAAAGAAGACAGGAUUCCAUGUGAAAACUCCAUUUCCUGACAGCAACCCUCGAGCGUACGGGCCUCUUUACUUCAGAGGAAGAGGUCGACCGAUACCUAGAGGAAGAACUUCAAUUCAACGGGGCCUUGAUGGAAGCUAUAAAUUUGUUUCGGCUGGUCCAGACCAAAGACGCACAGAAGUCAGUGACUCCACUGGACACGUUAGGGGCUCCUACACUUACCUGGACGAUAAAGGAGUUCAACACUCUGUCCACUAUAUUGCUGGUCCAGAAACUGGAUACCGAGUGCUGAAGACUGUUAAAGGGGCGCAUUUGCCUGCAGUUUUGCCGUUCGACAGGCCUGAAAUAGUUCCUCCAGACUUUUACGACUACAACCCAGACGAAGACUUCAAUGUGGCUGCAAGUGGCAGGCCAUUUAAGCCAGGCGGCUUAGGAACUGGCGUGGACGUAGGCAAGGAAGACUUUAACCGCUUUGAUGGAGAUAAGCAGCAAAGCCCUGGCUUAGUACGUGGUGACUCUGGAAAGAAUAAAUCCAACUCAACAAGUCCUGGCCGUCCGUUUUCUUCAUCACCGAAGCCUGGAGUCGCGGGUGGAGCUGGCAAUCUGGCUGAUGGAUCAGAGGGGGGAAGCGAUGAAGAUUUUGAGGACAAUUUGUUUGAUAGUGGUGGUGGAGGUGGAGGCAGCAGCACAGCUCGGCCUUCAAGUAGUUCCAGACCAUCGACUGGACGCCCUUCUAGUAGGCCAACUGGAAGGCCUUCAAUAACCUCCGCUAGACCGAGUUCCAAACCGUUCGCGUCCGAAUUGCCUGGAGAAUAUGAUGAUGGCUCCUACAAGCCCGAUGGGGAUGAUUGCUCCUACAGACCAGCCAGUGGACAGUUUGGUUCAGGAGGAGCUGGAGGUAGUUCUACAACUUCUCGACCAGUUGGAUCAACUACAUCAUCUGGAUAUCCAUCAGGAAAACCUUCCAGAGGCCCGCCUUUUGAGGAUAAAUUCGAAUCCAGUGCGGCGCCAGAUAAAGGGCCACAAGGUGGUAACAGUGGCCGACCAUUUGGAGGCGGUGGAACUGCAGGAGGGCCAGUUGAAGGAAGCUUGCAAGUUGGCGUUGGAGGAGGAGAAAAACAAUGCGCUAAAUGCAAAGGAACCAUCGUCACUAACGUAGGCCAGAAGCCCUUCAAUGUACCUCCAGGGCUGUCCGUUAGGGCUCACGUGCAGUCAAUUGAUCUUUACCCGUUCGAAGGAGUUUCCCCAAGUGAAGCUUUUAAGGCGGACUCAAAAUUGAGGAGAGAACAACUGAACGAGGCAUCCACAGAACAACUUCUAAGUUUCAAUGAAGGAGAAGCUGACUUGCAGUUUGAUGGCGAAGAGGCUUCAACUGCUUCUAGUAAAGCCACGAUAACUGAAAAUGAUUAGGAAAUUAUUUGGGUUGAAAGGUUUAAUUAGCAAUGGCAAUGUGAAGCAAAGCGCAUGGAAUUAGGUAGAGUAAUUAACUAGGUGAAGAGAAGGCACUUUUUAUAAAUAAGCCUGGAUGUCAGGAUCUCUAUUGAAAAUUAUAUAAUUUGUCCUCGAUGUAAGGUACCUUUAAGUAGAUUUAAAUUAGUCAAAUACCAAAUUAAGUUAAAAAUAUGACUUAUUGUUAAUUAAGUGCUGUUAUCAGUUAGGAGAAACAACGAGUAAUAUUUUUUAAUUUCAGAACGUAUUACAACGUGAAAAAACAUUCAAACAAAGUACAAUUUU